AUGUCCCGUCGCAUCUUCGUCAUCGGAGCUACAGGUGCCCAAGGCCUCCCUGUCUGCCGAGGCCUCGCCAAAGACGGUGCCUACAGUCUCCGCGUUCUAACCCGUGACACCACAUCAGAGCGCGCCAAACAGCUCGCUGAACUUGGCGACGUUGAAUUCAUCCAAGGCUCUUUCGCCAAUGAAGACAACCUGCGUAAAGGCUUCACUGGCUGCUAUGGCGCCUUUGUCAACAUCGACGGAUUCAAUACUGGCGAGAAAGCCGAGAUCUACUGGACGAUUCGCGCUUACGAGUUGGCUAUCGAAUGUGGCAUCAAGUUCUUUGUCUUUGGAAACUUGGACUACGGUUAUAAGAAGGGAGGGUACGAUCCCAAGUUCCGAGCCGGCCAUUAUGAUGCAAAAGGUCGACUUGCUGAGUGGAUGCUGAGUCAGAGAAAGAGCCACAGUAUGGGUACUGCGAUUUUCACUACGGGUCCAUAUAUCGAAAUGGCCGUCUCUGCUCAGAGCGCCAUGGUGCCUCAUGUUGUUGACGGUGUGGUGACUUGGUCUGUCCCGCUCGGUGAUGGAGCCAUGGUGCUUGUCGCGCUGGAUGACUGCGAGUAUUAUGUCCGCUGGCUUUUCGAUCACCCGGAAAGAUCAGAUGGUAUGGAUCUUGAAGUUGCCAUAGAUCAUAUCACGAUCGACGGACUUGCCCAAGCUUUCCAAAAGGUCACUGGCAAGCCCGCCAAGUGCGUCGACAUCCCGCUCUCAACUUAUUUCGAAAACGUGCCUGCGCAGGGCAAUAUUCCCGCUGGAUACAACGCCGACCCGAAGGAUCCUGCAACCAUGUCGAUUAAGGAUAACUUCACUGGGUUCUGGAACUUGUGGAGGCAUUCUGGUGGGAAUAAGGGCGUUAUCAGAAGGGAUUAUGACCUUUUGGAUGAGAUUCAUCCGAACAGAAUCAGGACUGCAGAGGAGUUCUUCCGUCGGGAGGAGGAGAAACGAAAAGCGUUGGGGCUUUGUGGUCUGUAUGAGGCUAUCGAGAAUGGAAGUAUUGGGAUCAUUUUGAAGGCGCGCGAGGAUGGAAGGAAGGGUGCUCUUUGA